ACUAGCACUUACAUAGAGUUUUGCUUUCUCAAUCACCCCGUCUCGCAAGCCUGUCGCACGAACCUGGUAGAAAUCGAAGCCGUAUCCGUCGUGCCCGUCUUUCAGCUAGCGGUAUCCUUCGCUAGUCGACCGUUUCCAGUCCAUCCGUUUAGCUUACGAAGUCAACUCUUUAGUGUUCCGCGCCCCAGUACGCCCAUCUCGCGGACAUCAGUCAUAUCAGUCCCAUCAGCGGCGUGAUGUCAAGUACCCUCGAAGUGACAGUGAUCGGCGGCGUGGGGCUGACGGACAAGGAGGUCUUCACACGCCAGGACCCGUACGUCGUGCUUGAGUAUGGCCAGCAGCGAUUCCGCUCCAAAACAGACAUAGACGGCGGCACGAACCCGGCGUUCAACUCGACGUUCACGCUGUCGCUGCUGCCGGGGCUCAACGAGGUCACCAUCGUCAUCUGGAACGAAAACGUUCUCCGAGACAACGUCAUCGGCUCCUGCAGAAUAGGGUUGGAGAGGGUGUUGGCCACUGGCAUGGAGGACGGGUACUUCCCAGUCUACAACAAGAGGCAGCACCAGCAUGGCUCGUUGCGUGUCAUUCUCAAGUACCGCCCUCAGUACUCAGCUUCACCCUACGCUCCAUCAGCCUAUCCCCAACCUGCGUACUCUGCUCCUCCUUCUGCCUACCCCCCAAGCUACCCGCCCCAGCCAUAUGCCCCACCUGUUUCGUACCCUCCUCCUCCGGCAUACCCCUAUGGGCAGUCUCCUUAUCCUCCCUCGUACCCACCUGCAUAUGGUGGCUCGUAUCCUCGUUACUGAGGUCCUCUUAAGCCAGAGGUGCCAGAGUACUCAAGUGUAGAUUGGUUGGUGCAUGGCAGCUAGCUGUACAGGCCUAUCUAGAUACCGGUGUACUACGGUACAUUCAUUUUUGUAGCUCGCCCAAUAAGGGCAUUGUUUUCUUGUGCCUAAUGCAUUGAGCAGCUUUUU